UCAAUAGAGAAUACCUGGCUGUCGCCUGGUGAUUGUUUAUUUGCCAGUUCGCAUGUCACUUGUGUGAUUAUUUUGAAUUUGAAUAAUUAGAGUUUUUAGAUUUACUCAAUACUAUAUUCACUCCGCAUAUACGUAUUGCAUUCUGAAUGACUAUUAUAUCGGAAGUUGAAAUUAUUUAUUAAUCAAUUUCGUCGACAUGGAAACGACAAAAGUGAAUGCUGCUUUCCUUUGUAACUAUGAAGUAAUGCAGAUCUUGCAACAGCUCAAAGACAGCACACAGAAAAAACACAAACGUGAAGGAUCACUUGCUACAGUCACCUAUGAGACCGUACAUUACCUACAAGAUACAGACUGUAAAAAGCAAAAUCCAGCUUCUAUAAAGAAGUUUCUAGAUGGUUUGAAGAACUUAAAGUUAACAAAGACUGAGAAACUUAUGAUGGUCAACACUCCUCCCAGAACAGAACUGGAGAUUCAACUGAUUGCCCAAGAAAGUGAAGAGCGGUUGUCAGAAGAAGAUGUCCGUAAAAUAAUUAAGCUAGCCAAUGAAUGUCUGCCUGCAAAUGACUCCUGACAUACGAAAACAGAAUCUAAAAACAAUGAAAUUGAAUAGUAUUUUUUAAACGGACAGUGAUAUCUAUUGUAUUUCUUUUAUUUAAGUAAGAAUAAGUUAUAGUUUCAAUGCAUUUAAUAUACUUAAGUGUAGGUAAUGACUCUAUCUAACAACAGUUGAAAUAAUAAUGAUGAUGAUAUCUCAUAUUUAAUAUUAGUGUACCUACUUAUAAAAUUAAUAAAUUGUGGUCUGAAUAAUAUAGCAGGUAAUUCAA